AUGGCAACGGGCGUCAUGCCAAGGGAAUCCCAAGUUGUAACCAUUGCUGAGGACCUUCUCUUCUUUUGUGAAGAGAUGCUCGAACAACUGCAGAGCGAGGCCUCACGCGUCACCAUAGUCGCAGACCUGCAAGGGGUGAAUUUAGCGCACCUCAACUCGCAGUGGUGGAAGGUGGCUGUGCCCCAGCUGCUGGACCUACUUUCGGACCGCUUCGAUGGGCUUCUCAAGGAGGUCCUGGCGGUUCGCGCCAGCCGCAUCUCUGGUGCAGCAGCCCAGCGGCUGCUGGACAGGCACAGGAUCCCGGGGCAAGUGCAAGUCGGCCACGAGGUCGGGGCCAUGGAGCUUCUGGAAGCCAAAGGCCCGCGGAAGGUGAGCACAUGCGACAGACCAUGGAGCAUGCAAGUGCCAGCACCUCCGGCGGACUGCGUCUCGUAUCCAUUGAGUCGACACUCGCAAUCCUGCAUUUGGGGUGCCGACCCAACACUUGCCUAA